GAGGGCAGCGCCGCUCUCCAUUGAAGAAGAACUGGAGAGGCGUCAAACACAAGCAUUGCCUUUGCAGCAACUCAGUUCCUUCAGAAGAGGGUCGAUGGUGGUUCGCUUUUGAAAAUUUGCAGACAUUUCCACUUCAUUGCUGACGUUCAUCCACCGACUACGGGAUCAGCUUCCCCCAGAUCUCCAGUAAGACCCACUCUUCCCAGUUGGAGACCAGCUCCACCCAGCCCAUCCAGCAGCCAUGGCAGAUGAUUCGGAUAUGCGCAAUGAACUAUCGGACAUGCAGCAACGUGCAGACCAGCUAGGCGAUGAGUCACUGGAGAGCACCCGCCGUAUGCUUCAACUAGUGGAAGAGAGUAAAGAUGCUGGGAUCAGGACUUUGGUUAUGCUGGAUGAGCAGGGAGAGCAACUGGAGCGCAUCGAGGAGGGAAUGGACCAAAUCAAUAAGGACAUGAAGGAUGCAGAAAAGAAUUUGAACGAUCUAGGAAAAUUCUGUGGUCUUUGUUCCUGUCCAUGUAACAAAAUGAAGAGUGGAGGCAGCAAGGCCUGGGGAAACAACCAGGAUGGAGUGGUAGCAAGCCAGCCUGCCCGUGUGGUGGAUGAGCGUGAACAGAUGGCCAUCAGCGGAGGCUUCAUCCGAAGGGUAACAGAUGAUGCCCGGGAAAAUGAGAUGGAUGAGAACUUAGAGCAGGUGGGAGGCAUCAUUGGUAACCUCCGCCACAUGGCCCUUGAUAUGGGCAACGAGAUUGAUACCCAGAACCGCCAGAUCGACAGGAUCAUGGAGAAGGCUGAUUCCAACAAGACCAGGAUUGACGAAGCCAACCAGAGGGCCACAAAGAUGCUCGGCAGUGGCUAAGCCUCUGGUCAGCCUGUUUUUACCAACCGUGCAGUUUGUCAAAAAGGCAAUGCGCUUAUCAUGGUAUUUACCUUCUAGGUUUGCACACAUGCACAUGUCGCCUGGUCCCCAUUGUAAAUGUUGUUCUAUGUGUCGUAUGUCAUCUUUUUCAAUGACUGUCCUCGUAAAUUAUUUCUUAUACUCGGUAUCAUUCUUUCCAAAGAAUAUUGUAUAUAGUGCUGACUCGAUGGCUCUUGCUUACUUGUGAAGUUUUUAUUGUAUUUAUCAGCUAUAUACAUAUACGUGUGUAUGUAUACAUAUACCUGCUUGUAUAUGUAUACAUAUGUGUGUGCAUCUCUCUCUCUCUCUAUAUAUAUACUUUUUGCUGGAGGAAAUAUAUAAUAGGAAUGCUAUUCAAGCUGUCUUUUCUUUUUUCUAUCUCAGUAUUGUCUUGGUAAAACUGUCAUACCACACUGCUACUGUCAUGCUCCUUAUAUUGAUGUUGUUAUGACAACAUGAAGAAUGGGAAAAAAGAUUGUGCAAAUGAUACUUAUACAACAAGCACUUACAAUCAAUAUCCUUGGUUCAUAUCCCUCAUCACAACCAUUAUCAGUUACUGUUUAGACAAUGUGCAACUAGAUUCUGUAGCAGUAGUAGUAAAAAACAUUGCAUUCCAAGUGAUGUGAAUUGUGCGUUAUGCAUGACAAAUUGUAGAUUUUAGCGUCUUAUAAAUAAAACUUGUUUUAAAAAGAUGACAAAAAAAAUUAGAAUCAUGGCAGUAGCAAAAUUGACAAAAGCAUGCUCAGUAUUAGGACACAGUGGAACGUUCCAUAUUACUGCAAGUUUGCAAUAGUGCCACCAUUUCAGUAAAUAUAUAUUCACAGACUGUGACCUUUGAUGUAAAAUAAUGCAAAAGUGACUUAAAGAGGCAAUGUGAUGAGAACGCAAAAUAAUGGUGGUGAGCCUGUCCUGCAAAAAUGACUUGUUUUCUAAAAGUGAAUAUGCAGUUUGGUGUAGAAAAUGUUCUUGAAAGGUGGGGACUGGUUGUUUACUGUAUCAUAGGUUUUGGAUGCUCUGAAAAAUUAUAUAAAUAAUAAUUUGCAAUGUAAAGCAAAGACACAUAUUUCUGAGAGACCUUACUUUUAUAAGAAGACUGUAUCCUGUUAGUUUACUUCCCCCAUGUGGUUUGUUAUUGGUAAAAAAUUAUAAUAAUCCAUAACCAAAAAAAAUGUAAACAAAAGGGUUUUUUGUUGCUUCUGUACUUAGAGCUAUGCACACCAAAUCACUAAGAUGUUGAAUAGUUAUCAUAAGAAGUCAAAUAAAUACCUUUCCUGAAUGACACAUAGGUUCAACUGUGAGAUUGAUGUCCUCAACGCAUGUAAUAUUGAAACUCCCUCUGUAUCCUCUCAGUCUGUGAAGUGGUUGACAUUUUGUAGCUAGCUGAAAUGAUUAAAAAUAAUAAAC